GUAGUUUUCCUCCGGAGGGCUUGGUGACUUGCUCUUAUCUGUUUUGUUCUCUAGUAGUAAGAACCCCGGUCCCCGCGGGCGGGAGAGCUGGCUGGGUGGCACGGCAGGGUCCAGACGGCUCAGCACAGCAAUCCUCCGGCUUGGCCUCAGGAAAGGUGUUUCUCCGGAUGUCUGCAAUGUCCAAGAGGCCCCGAACCUUCAAGCUGCGGGCGUUGCACAGCCAGGACAAAUACGGGGUGGCGGGAAAGAGCUGCCAGGAAGUGUUGCUGAAAGGAUGUCAGAAAUUUCAGCUUCCUAUUUCUGGCAGCCGCCUGUGUUUAUAUGAAGAUGGUACUGAGCUCACAGAAGGCUACUUCCAGAGCGUCCCAGACAACACAGAGCUCAUGCUUCUGACCCCUGGGCAGUCCUGGCAAGGCUGUAACUGGAGGGGCAGGAUGUGUCGAUGGUGCCCGGUGCAUCUUGCUUGUUUUUCCUUCUUGGCGGCAGAUAUCAGCGACAUCCACCGCUUUCUCACCAUCUUCUACCAGCCGCAGGCGGAUGUCAUCCGGGCGGCUCAGAAACUGCUCACUGAUGAGCGAGCUCCUUUGAGGCAGAAGGUUCUCGCGGACUUCCUCCACAACAUUAACGAGAACAUCCAGGCAGAAACCCGUGAGGAGGAUGCGCCAUGGUUCGAAGGUCUGGAGUCUCGAUUUAGGAGCAAGUCGAGCUAUCUGAGGUACAGCUGUGAGAGCCGCAUCCGGAGUUACAUGAAGGAGGUCAGUGCGCAUGCCGCCACCCUUAAGCCCCAGCCUCAAGCGGAGUAUCUGAAAAUCAUUGGCCGCAUGUGCGAGAAACUGAAGUCAACACGCUACAAUGGCAGCUACUUUGACAGGAGAGACAAAGGGAGAGAGCGUCUUUGUACAGCAGAAGGCUGGUUCUCUUGUCAGGGUCCUUUUGAUUUGGAUUCUUGUUUGUCUAAACAUUCCAUCAACCCCUAUAGUAACCGGGAAAGUCGAAUUCUCUUCAGCACAUGGAAUCUGGAUCACAGAAUAGAAAAGAAACGUACCAUCGUGCCUGCCCUGGCCGAAGCUGUCGCCAAGCAAGAUGGAAGAGAAGUAGACUGGGAAUAUUUCUAUAGCCUGCUUUUCACCUCGAAUAACCUCAAAUUGGUGCAUAUUGCCUGCCAUAAGAAGUGUAGUCAUAACCUCAGCUGUGACAAAACCAGGAUUUACAAACCCCAGAAACUUGUCAGGAAACGUGCUGUCCGCAGACGGCAGUGA